CUCCCUUUAAAAGGCGGGAGAGGAAGUUUCUGGGUACUUGGAAGGAUGGCUCUUUAUGCCAAUGAGAGCUGAGAAUAGCUCUUCUCUCCCCCCCCUCCCCACGCUCUCCCGCCGCUUCUUUUCGUCAUCGACAGACCUGUCCAAUCCGCAGCGAUGGGAAGGGGGAGGAGGAAGCUGUUGCUCUCCGCCGAUUGGCCGCGGCGCUCGGAGACGUUAUAAAAGCGUGGGGCGGGGGCGGGGCCAGUUCUUUUGCUCCACGGAGGCCUCGUGAGGUAGGUUUGUUGCUGGCGGCGGGCCGGGGAGGCCUUUGGGGCCUAGGUGGGGCCGGGCCUAACCGGAGCCUCUUUUGUCUGUCCUCUGUAGAGAAACACCGGAGUCUUUAAACCGCUGCCGUGCGAUCCUUGGGUCACCGCGAUGCCCAGGGAAGACCGAGCCACGUGGAAGUCAAACUACUUCCUCAAGAUCAUCGUGAGUCCUUCUGGUGGCUUGGGCGAGGGGGAACAGGGCUGAUGUUCUUAUUUCUCCCGUUGGAAACCUUUUCUCUGUGGCACAAGUGAAAAACAAGAAAAAAAGAUGCCGGCGGGGGUGUCUCUGAGCAUGUACAAAGUACCAUUAGUUCCUAGCAUCCAUUAGGUGCCUCAUAAAAUAAAUCCUUUGGGCGCCGUGUAGAAUAAUAAAAUAAGAUUUAAGAACAACACUGGCUCAUUAUUAUUGUUUAUCACUUCAUGGAAUUUAUCUCGUGCUUGAUUUUUAAAACAGCAACAAACCUCAAAGCAGUUGGUGAUAAGAUAUCAUCAUCAAUAGGUCUAACAUAAAAAGAGCCUUGUUGGACAAGGCCAGUGUUCCAUCUUAGUUCAGCAUGAAACCCGCAAGCAGGAUUUGAGCACAACAGCCCUUUUCCCUUGUGUGGUUUACAGCAACUGGUAUUCAGAGACAUUGCUCCCUUAGACUCUGGAGGCAGAGCAUAAGCACCUUACAUUACACCUUGCAGGAAUCAUGUAAUUAAUUCCAAGAGAGAUGCCUAUGAUUAUAAGUACAUUGUAUGAUUUGCCCCGAAAACGAUUGGGCACAGAAAUUAAGUUGGGAAAGUAAUAGGCAGUAGGAGAUGCAUUCUUUCACCAGGUAGAGAGAGCACUUUUUAAAAUGUAAUAAAUUACUGUAAUCGCAAAGCAGUAUAGUCUACUCAGGUGAAAGUAACCCUCUUUGUAUAUUCUGCAAAAAACUUUAGUUUCAAAAGCAGCAGCAGGAAUAACAAUAGACAAUUAAAAAACAUUUCCCUAUGUACAGGGUGCUUUUCUAUUUAAGUUGAGUGUAUAAGACCAAACCUGCUGGGUAAGACCAAAGGCCCAUCUGUCCAAAAUACUGUUUUCAUAGUGGGCAACCGGAUGCUAAUGGGAAGCCUGCAUGUAGGACACAAGCACAACUCUGCCCACUUGUUAUUCUGAAUGAUAUUGUCUCCAUGAUUAGUAGCCGCUGAUAGCCUUAUUCUCCAUGAAUCUGUUUAUUCCCCAUUUAAAACAGCCAAAGUUGGUGGCCAUCACUGAAUCACCUAGCAAAUUCUAUGGGCUCACCACACCAUACAGCUCUGUCCCUAUGUUGCAGCAUCGUCUCAAGUCUGAAAUGUUGGAGUCUUAAGAAUAAGGAUCUCUCAGUGCAUACAGAAUAAUGUGGGAUUGUAGCCAGACCCUUUCAGUGAUGCAUGGUUGGAGCAGGGCCUAGAUUGUACUAUCAUAUUGCAGUAUGCGAGAUUAUAAUAUGAGAAGCAGGAAUCUGAUGGUCCCUCUGAGUGUGUACAAUAAAGUGUGACCACAGUUGGUCCAUAGAUCAUAAUCAGCAUAAAUUUGACUACAGGAAUGGUGUAGUAAUGGGCAAGAUAAUGUAUAUGAAACACAACGCACAAAAAUGCGAAGUAUUGUUACUGUUACUAAUUAGGCUAUAUGCAGAAUUUCAUAAGCGUUAAAAGUGAUUUGUAUGUGUUAACUUGAUUGUGUGCCACAGAGAAAGCCAGCACUUUCUGUUCCGAGUUAAUUUUUUAAAUUUAAACGUUACCCCUGUUUGAUGUUUGGUAUCUGCAUCUUACUGCAAGCAGACAGUGUGCCAGCCCUAAGUUUGAAAAAGGUUUUCUCAGGGUUUGCUUUCUUUCCGCAGCAACUCUUGGACGACUAUCCAAAAUGCUUCAUUGUGGGAGCAGACAAUGUCGGUUCCAAGCAGAUGCAGCAAAUCCGCAUGUCCUUGCGUGGGAAGGCCGUGGUCCUGAUGGGGAAGAACACCAUGAUGCGCAAGGCAAUCCGGGGACAUCUGGAAAACAACCCUGCUCUGGAAAAGUUAGUGAUGCAGCAUUUCCUAGAUUCCUUUGCAUUAGCUGUUUAAAAAAAAUGCAUUUUUAAAGUAAGAUUGAGCCAGUAAGUCCUUUGUUCAAAGUGUGCUUGAGCUGCAAAUUCACUAGAUGACCCUCUAUCAGUCUCGCGGCCAGUCUCUGCAGUACAGUGGUGCCCCGCAAGACAAAUGCCUCGCAAGAUGAAAAACUCGCUAGACGAAAGAGUUUUCCGUUUUUUGGGGCGUUCCGCAAGACGAAUUUCCCUAUGGGCUUGUUUCGCAAGACGAAACGUCUUGCGAUUUCUUGCGAAUUUGUUUCCUUUUUCUUAAAGCUGCUAAGCCGUUAAUAGCCGCUAAGCCGCUAAUAGCCAUGCUUCGCAAGACGAAAAAACUGCAAGACGAAGAGACUCGCGGAACGGAUUAAUUUCGUCUUGCGAGGCACCACUGUAUAGGGAUAAUACUGUCCUACCUUAAAGGGUUGUUGCAAAGGUUAUUGAGAGCAUGUAUGUAAAAUUUGUUAGUUCUACAGCUGGAUGUUAUUGUUACCUGCCUAUAAUUUUUGUUUGUUUAUAAAGAAACCAGGUUAGAAAUUGGAUGUUGCUAAUAGAACAUGCCUUGUUUCUCAUUAGGCUUCUGCCUCAUAUCCGUGGUAAUGUGGGCUUCGUGUUCACCAAGGAGGAUCUGACUGAAAUCAGGGACAUGUUGUUGGCCAACAAGGUAAGUGGUAACCACUUAGGAGGAAGAGAGUGGCUCUUUUCACCUAAAUUGCCCCAACCUGGUGGUCUCCAGAUGUUGUAGAGUACAUCUGAUAUAACAACAACAAUUUAAUAUUUAUACCCCGGCCUUCUGGCUGGGUUUCCCCAGCCACGCUGGGCGGCUGCCAACAAAAUAUUAAUGCAUUAAAACAUCAGUCAUUAAAAACUUCCCGAAACAGGGCUGCCUUCAGAUGUCUUCUAAAAGUCAGAUAGUUGUUUAUUUCCUUGACAUCUGAUGAGAGGUCAUUCCGCAGGGCGGGCGCCACCACUGAAAAGACCCUCUGCCUGGUUCCCUGUAACCUCACUUCUCACAGUGAUGGAAUCACCAGAAGGCCGUUGGAGCUGGACCUCAGUGAUAAGGAAAUAAUAAGAGCUUGCUGGAUUAGGCCCAUAUAGGCCAGUGUCCUGUUCUUACAGUUGCCAACCAGAUGCUCCAGUGGGAAGCCUGCAAGUGGGACUUGAGUGCAACGACACUCCCCUCCUGUGGUUUCCAGCAACUGAAAUUCAGAAGCUUACUGCCUCUAGUAGUGGAAGAACAGCAGCCACUGUGACUAGCCUUAUCCAUUAAUUUAUUAAAUUGUUUUUAAAAGCCUCCCACGUUGGGGACCAUCACUGCCUCCUGUGGGAGCGAAAUUCCAUAGUUAAUUUCACCUCUUUGAAGAAGUACUUUCUUCGUUCCUGAAUCCUCCCAACAUUCAGUGCCAAGGAUGACUUGGGUUUUUUCCCUCCCUCAGGUACCAGCUGCUGCUCGUGCAGGUGCCAUUGCCCCCUGUGAGGUCACUGUGCCAGCUCAAAACACCGGCCUUGGCCCUGAGAAGACCUCCUUUUUCCAGGCUUUGGGCAUCACCACCAAGAUCUCCAGAGGCACCAUUGAAAUUCUGGUGAGUACUUAGUGGCUGUCUAUGGUGAUUGUGCUUAUACUUCUAUUGCUUUUUUAAAAAAAAUUAGCUACCCCAGGUUUUCAUGAGAAGAAGGGCAAGUUAAAAGGGGUAGCAGGACAAGGAGCACUAAUAGUAAUGUAUACUCCCAAGGCUGGAAGGAUAAACCCCCAUUUGGUGGUCUGAAGAUCUCACUGACCUUUCUACGUUUCAACGUGUAUCUUAACCAUUGUCAAUUUUGUUUGGCUUGUAGGGCAGCUUAUAUUAAUAAAUUGUCUUAAGUGUGUAUAGGGGGUUAUUGUUUUGUUUGUAAUUAUGUGAUAUAUUUUUGUCUUUCUAUAUUGUAAACCACCCUGUGUUCCUUGAAUGAAGGGCAAUAUGUAAGCGUAAAAUAAUAAGUCAGGAAUGAUUUAUUGUUAACAUGAGCUGAUUAUGUUUCUUUCCUUUUGUUAAUUUUUCAAAAUAUAAGUGGUGUGUGUGAAUGAUACUCACUUUCUGCAAAAGUACUUGACAUGACUCACUGUUUGAAAUGAAUGAAGCAGAGGGACCAAGAGGGACUUGGCCUUAGCCAGCCUGACAGGAGAGCGUGUUGUUUUCUCCUUUCAGCACUUCUGAUUCAACUGGACUAAACAUAGAUCACCUUGCUGAGAUGGUGUACAAUUAUUGUUCUUGUAAAGAAGCUGCUGUUGAAUUUGCUGGUCUUUCUCCCCCUUUUUUUUCUCAGAGUGAUGUGCAGUUGAUCAAGACCGGAGACAAAGUGGGUGCUAGCGAAGCCACCUUGCUGAACAUGUUGAACAUCUCCCCCUUCUCCUUUGGGCUCGUCAUCCAGCAGGUGUUUGAUAAUGGCAGCAUUUACAGCCCUGAAGUCCUAGACAUCACUGAAGAGACCCUGCAUGGGCGCUUCUUGGAAGUAAGUGAUGCCUCUUUUGAUUUGCAUGGUCAAGUGGUCUGCCUUGGCUUGGUGUGGUCUGAUUCAGUGGAAGGCAGCUUUGUUGUGCCUGAAGUUGACCAUCCCAUAUCCACUUAUAGGAUUGUGUUGUGAGUGUUCCAGAAGCAGCUCUGAAAAUUGCUUCCUUUGUAUGAAUGUGUGUACCUAGUUUGAAGUCAGUAGGCUACAGUUGGGAAGUACAAAUGCCAGAAGUUGUUCAUUUUGCAUUGUGAAUUUGGGAGAGUAAAGGGAGCACCUAAAACAUAUUGGAAUUGCCUUGGGAUGAACAGGAAUAAAGACUGUUCUCCUUUUUCUCCUACCAGGGUGUUCGCAAUGUUGCCAGUGUUUGCCUGCAAAUUGGCUACCCGACAGUUGCCUCUGUGCCCCACUCCAUCAUCAAUGGGUACAAACGAGUCCUGGCUGUGGCUGUAGAGACUGAUUACUCUUUCCCAUUAGCUGACAAGGUAAGGAUGAUGAUACGUUGAACUGGAUGAUGAGUGCAUAAUGUUGAAUUGGCAAGAGUGGUUCCAGUGGCUACAGCUUUCCUUUUUUGUAUGUGUGCAUAUAUUAUUUGAAUUUUACAUAUAAACGUAAUUGAGAGCAAGCUAACAUAGCGUGCAUCAAGGUACAACUUUGAAACAUUACCGAACACCCAAGCACAUCAGGUGCUGUGCUACAAUUAUAUUGUUCGUUUUGAAAUUAUUAGGUAUAGUAAUAAGUCUGUGAACCCCGAAGUCCUUGAAUUCUCCAUUGUCAGUGUAAAACCAGACAGCUUAAGACUCUGAAAUUCACAGGUGUGGAAGUUGUAUUAUUGCCCUCCCUCCAAAAAAAAAAUCACAUUUUUCACAUUAAACCUUAUGUGUGAACUGCAACUUAAUCUGAUUUCUUGUGAUUGUACUGUAGUCUUUGAGGCAGGUUUUGCAGAAAGUUUGGAGAAGCCCAUGGGAAAAUUCUACCACAAGUUAAUCAGUCAUUCUUUGGUUCCUCCAAACCAUCCCCCCCAGCUGUUUUAAGUGCCCCAGCAAGCGUGGGUUAGGGAUGAUAGGAGUUGUAGUUCAGACACACCUGGAAGGUCAAUAGUUCCACACACCUUCAAACGUGAUCCAACAUAAAUAGGGAGAUUGUUUAGAGGAGAGCUCAAGUCUAUUUUUGAAUCGGGAUGGGGAACCCUUUUCACCUGUAGGGCUAUAUUUGCUUCUGAUGGUGGUGCAUGUACCAGUGGUGGGAAGGGCAAGAGGCAAAAGUGGGUGAAGCAACAAAUGCAUUAGUUUCUACACACUUGAGCACCCCUCUCUAUCCAGGCAAACGUGAUCCAAGUUCAAGUGACACAUUCCUGCCAGCAGAAACCGUUCAUGGCACAAAGUGCCAGUGGGGGAUGUAUGAAGCUGACUUUGCUUUUUUAAAAUUUCUCCGCAGGUAAAGGCCUUCCUGGCUGACCCUUCUGCUUUUGUGACUGCUGCCCCUGUGGCAGCUGAGGCUGCAGCUCCUGCUGCAGCAGCCCCAGCCAAGGUGGAGGCCAAGGAGGAGUCUGAAGAGUCUGACGAGGACAUGGGAUUCGGUCUCUUCGACUAACUUUCAGAGUUUUGUUGCCAAUCAGUCGGAGCAGAAUGAAACAAUAAAAUAAAAGUACUUCUCUACACACCCAUGUUGCACCAUCAUUCUUGGUUAGUCCUGUGCCAGGGGGAAGCAUCAACUUCAAUGGUUAUGGCCCUCCUCCUGUUAUAAAGGCAGGGCUAUUCAACUGAAUGCAUGCCUGGUCCACAGUGACCUCCCCCUUCCACAAUUCAGGGGACCACUUCAUUCCACAAUUCUAGCC